UUCGUCUUGGCUGUUUCUCUUGGGUAUGUACAGGAUUUUCUCAUGCAAGUUCCUCAACAUGUACUUGGCUUAUGAUUUAGUAAAUCGGGGAUCUUCAGCUGGGAUGUUUUUCCUGACGUGCGUUGCGGUUUUCUUUCAUGUUCACGUUGGUUAGGUUGGAGAAGGUGAGGGUGAGGACAGUUGCAGGGAAGGCAAAGGCGGCGGGAACAUUAAUGGGGAUCGGUGGGGCAAUGCUGCUCACGUUCUACAAGGGAGCGGAAGUCAACCUCUGGUCAACGCACGUGAACCUGUUGCGCCACGUGGCGGCGACCCGGCGGGGCCAGGUGGGCUCGAGCGAUCUCCUCCUGGGAUCGCUCUUGGCCGUGGCAAGCUGCUUCUGCUACGCUUCGUGGUUGAUCAUCCAGGCAAAGAUGAGUGAAGAUUUCCCAUACCAAUACACGAGCACGGCUCUGAUGACCUUCUUGGGGUCGAUCCAAGCGACAGUUUACGCACUGUGUCGAGAGAGGGAUUGGAGCCAGUGGAAGCUCGGAUGGAACAUCAGGCUCCUCACCGUAUCAUACGCGGGGAUAGUCGCUUCCGGUUUAUGCUAUACUCUAAUCGUUUGGUGCGUACGGAUGAGAGGACCGGUGUUCGUGUCAGUUUUCAAUCCUUUGAUGCUGGUGACCGUGGCCUUGGUGGGGUCUAUGGUGUUGGAUGAAAAAUUGCAUAUGGGAAGCAUUCUAGGUUCAGGGCUCAUAGUACUCGGCCUCUAUGCGGUGCUAUGGGGCAAAAGGAAGGAGGACAAGAAGACAAAUCAAUUAGCGCCAUUGAGCGGUCCCAGUGAGUCUAAAUCCAUUGAGAUCGCCGUCGCCUCUCCUAACGAGAACGACAUUAAGGAGGGUGACGAUGUUCGAGAGCCAUCACAAAAGGAGAGCAACGUGACGAAAGAAAGUCUCGAAGAGAAAAGAGAAGAAGAAGCAGAUCAAGUUGAACGAGCAACUGACCUUGUAUAAGCGUAUGAUGUACAAUUAUUCCAAAUGCAAGCAGGCAUGUAAACGUGCAAAAAAGGGGGUAACUUCAUCUUGUCCAGAAGGGGGCAUCUUGGUAAAUAGUCAGACAUUGUCGAUACGAUAUAGAAUGCAAAGGCUGUAAGAUAUACCCACGUUUUGCCAUUCCCUUUUGCAUGAUUAAUUCAAUUACAAUGUUAUAAUUUUUUUGUAAAGCCCAAUUAAAGAGGAGGGUAUACUUGA